AUGUAUAAGUACAAGCCUCUAAACAGCGCCAGAUCUUUUCGACUUCUUGCGUUGAAGCCGGGGAAAGGCGACAAUGCACUUGUGUGUGAACUUCACGCUUUCGACUUUUGUCAUCAUCCACUACUCAUCGCACUUUCCAACACACCUCAGUUCGAAGCCAUUUCCUAUGUCUGGGGGUCGAGCCCGCCAGUCCACGAGAUUCAAUGCGAUGGAGAAAUCCUACGGAUCACGGAAAAUCUGAGAGCUACACUCUGCGCAGUGAGGCGAAGCGACCGCCAGAUCUAUGUGUGGGCAGACGCGAUCUGCAUAGACCAGUCGGAUCUGAGAGAGCGCAAAAUGCAAGUUGCUCUAAUGAGAGACAUCUACUCCCGAGCUGAAAGGGUCUCGAUAUGUCUAAACACGGUCGGAAUGGAAAAGCGACAGGUCCUAGGCCAAACGAUUAAGAUGUAUGCCACAUCGGAUAGACAUCAGUGGUCCGAGCAACCCCUCUACGACGUUUCAUCCUCAUUCUGGUCACUUCUUGCCGAGUUCUUCGAUAACCCAUGGUUUAGUCGUAUAUGGGUGGUACAAGAAAUUGCCGAAAGCAAAAGCGCCCGUAUUUUAUUCGAUGGCCAGGAGAUUCCUUGGGAGGGGAUCGUGUGUCUUGUAAGAAGAGUACUCGGGGAUCAAGAUUACGCGGGUCGUGUUCUUCAUUUCGCGAAAACUAAUGGUAUUCGGAAUGUGCUCUUUAUGAACAACAGAGAAACGUUCUCGGCAUAUGAUCCAAUACCAGCCCUACUCCAAGCCACAAGGGCUUUUAGAGCUUCCGAUCCUAGGGACAAGGUGUUUGCUAUGCUUGAGAAGCCUAUCAAGAGGACACGCACUUACGCCAAGUUUCGAUUCCUCCAAGCAAGGAAAUAUGCCGAAUUCUCCGUCCAAAGCAUUUCACUGCUGUGUCUCUUGUCCGCCACUUUUGAGAGCAGUCCCGCCGAAAGCCGCUUCUGGUGUCUUUUGAUAUCACUUGGUUUCGUGGCACACUUUCUUCGAUUUGAUCAAUUAAUACGAGUGAUAAUGUGGGACAUCUGCGAGCGCUUAACAAACUUCUGCUUUACAGUCGACAGACUUAUCUUGCACAAAUACCAGAUAUCGGACACGAUAUGCUCCGCACUUUCUAUCGCCGCAGAUUAUUCUCUUACCACCCAGUCGGUAUACAGAAUGGUUGCUACGCGGCUGAUGGAGCGAUCUGGAACCCUCAACAUUCUUUCCUAUGUCCAUCACGGCUCCGCUAUUGAUAUCACAUUUCCUUCGUGGGUGCCGCAGUGGGAUGUUGCAACGCCUGGAAUACAUGUCUUGAUAGCGUUGCCUCGGCAUCAAUAUCAAGCUUCUGCUGGGGUGUACCACAAGUGGAGUCUCUCUGAUCGCAGUGCGGAUCAUCUGCAAGUUCAAGGGCUGCGCUUUUCGACCGUUUCCGCGACGUCCGAUAUAUUUACUUCGGAACGUUUUCCCCACGGGCCUCGAAUGAACGACGGGGUUUUCGGGCGUUACGAUGGGGCAGAAGACACGUAUCCGACAGGCAUAUCUAUGGCAACAGCUUGGACAGCCACACUCACAGCAGGUCAACUUGCAAGCGCCGCAAAGGCCAAACGAGGACUGGCGGAACCCCAACUUCCUAGAUACCACCGCAGCCUCGCUGCUGCACAACGCUCAUCCUACGGACGACGACAAUUCUUCACGGAGAAUGGGUACAUGGGCCUUGGGCCAGCCGCGAUGAGGGAGGGAGAUCUAGUUUGCGUGCUUUUUGGGGGUUGUAUCCCAUAUAUUUUGAGGCCUACGGAUACUGAUAACAUGUAUAAAUUUGUAGGUGAAAGCUAUGUUCAUGGUAUUAUGAAUGGGGAGGUUAUCAACUUGUGGCAACAAGGGAAGAUCACUAAGAAUCGUUUCACGUUGUGCUAG